AUGCCGCUCCGCAAACCAGGCGAUAUCGAACAAUUCGAACUAAAACCGAUGCCUUCUGAGAAUACGGCAGAAAAGGACUCCAAGCAAAUGGGUCUUUGGCAUCGGUUCCGCCGUUCCAGUGCCCUUAUUAUCGGCGUGGUUUUUGUGGCUCUUGGACUUGAAGUGUCCCUUUCAACAGCCCUAGAUGCCAUUCUCCCUUGUAUGUUACUGGAAAGCGACACAGGCGAGGAUUGCCGCACCAUCCAAGCCGGGCAGACCAACUUCUCACUGCCUACCAUAGAUUAUACUGGCGAGGGCGGCUUUGUGAUCGGAACUAAGAGCAUCGUGGAAGUGUUCGCCAAACCGCUGUUUGGUAUUCUUAUUGACAGUAUUUCUUUUGCCUUUCUGAACGGCUUCCCUAUGCUGAUGUUGUCGCGAGCUAUGCAGGGAGUGGGCUGCAGUCUAACCACAGUAGCAGCCAUUGCGAUGCUUGCAGAAGCAUACACUGACGUUGAUGAAAGAUCAAGGGCCAUGGCUAAGGCUUUUGGAGGGUAUGCAUUCGGUGUUAUAUUUGGAUUUCCACUGGGUACAUUAACUUAUCAGUUUCUGGGCAAAGAGUUUCCCUUCCUGAUACUCGCUGGCAUUAACGUGUUAGACGCAGUUUUUAGACUCAUCAUCGUGGUUCCGGAAAAACUGGUUGAACCUUCAUCUUAUGGGGCGUGGAGUGACUUUAAAGAGUUACUGGUUGACCCGUACAUUGAGCUGGGACUCGGUUACACCCUGAUGUACACCCUCAGCUUAGGAGCCAGCCUCGCCAUUGCACCGCCCUGGAUAAUGGAGGAACAGUUCGGGAUGGUUUGGGAAAUAGGUGCCGUAUUCCUAAUAGCAGGGACACUUCAGUUUAUAAUCCAGUUCAUACUAGGACAUAUAACAAGAAAACAAUGUUGGUAG